AUGAAGGCAUCCAUGGUUCUCUCCCUCAUUGGCUGCCUAGUGGUUCCAAGUGGUGCUGCUAUCAUGGGACACUGUAAGGUGGCUAAGAAGCUCUAUGAAGGAGGCCUGGAUUAUGUUGAGGGCUACAGCCUUGAAAACUGGGUGUGCCUGGCUUAUUUUGAGAGCAAGUUCAACCCCACGGCCGUCUAUGAGAACUUGCCUGGUGGCUACACUGGCUACGGCCUCUUUCAGAUCCGCAGCUAUGACUGGUGCGACAAGGGCAAGAUCUGCUGCCACAUGUCCUGCUCCGCUUUACUGAAUCCAAAUUUGAAGAAAACAAUUGAAUGUGCCAAGAGAAUUGUAAAAGGAAGAGAGGGUAUGGGAGCAUGGCCCUCCUGGUCCCUGAACUGCCGGUUCGUGGACAAUCUGGUGCGGUGGUUGGAUGGAUGCAAGCUCUAG